AUGGAUUCCCCCUCGGAUUCAUCCUAUGCCGGCCAGAAGCGCAAAGUCGCCGACAUGAGCUCCGACGAAGAGGACGAACGCCCGACCAUGGGCUUUCGCGGCUUUGCGCGAGCUUCAUCCCGGUCGGAAUCGCCUCCCUCACGCGGCCUGGGUAGCGGUCGUCGCAAACCCUGGAACAACAUGGCGCAGCCCGCGACGGGGGGCUCAAAGGGAGGCAACAACAAUGGCGGCAAUGGCCUGGCAGGAGGCAAUUCGUUCGCCGCGCGCAUGAUGGCUAAAAUGGGUUAUGUCGAGGGACAAGGUCUGGGAUCCGGUGGUCAGGGUAUCGUCAAUCCGAUCGAAGCUCAGGCGCGUCCCACGGGUGCCGGUCUGGGCGCCGUGCAAGAGAAGACAAAGCAAGCGCGUGAGGAGGAGAAACGAGCGGCGGCCCAGCGCGGCGAAACGCUCGAGGACAGCUCCGAAGAAGAGCGAAAGAGACGGCAGAAGAAGAAGGAGCAGCGCAAACGAGAGGGCCGCAGUGCUACGGGGACCCCGGUUGUCCGCGCGAAGCCGCAAUACCGCACGGCCCGGGAGAUGGAGGCGGAUAUGGAGGGUCUAGAGGUCCCUAAUGUGCUCAAGUCGUUGAUCGAUGCCACGGGCAAGGAACAACGGGUGAUCACCUCCACGGCCGGCCUGAUGACUCCGAUGCCAUUCGUCAAUCAGGGCGAAGGCGAGGCGCUGAAAAUCGCACAGCGGGCGCGCCAUGACCUAGAAGCCUUUGCCGACGAAUGGAAGGGACUGACGGAACGAAAGAGUUACAUCGAACUAGAAGAGGCGCAGAUCGUGGAACAACUCGACAUGCAGCAGCUACGAGCCGACCAGCUGACAGAGCUGAUCACCGCCGUCGGGGCGCUGGAGAUAUUCCAAGACGACAGCAACGUUCGGACCAAGUUCGAUGAAGUGACUGACAAGCUCGAAUCCUUGGAAAUGAAAUUCCGGAACGAUAUCCUUGAAUACCGACUACCUGAGACAGCGGUCGCCGCCAUCCAUCCUCUCUUCCGCGAAGCCAUGGAAGAAUGGGAGCCUCUCAAGGAGCCCACAUUCCUCGUAUCACAUCUCCGCCGUCUCCAACCCCUAUUAUCGCGAAAGAAGAGCGCCGAGGAAGGGCAACGCCAGUCUACGUCACCAUACGAAACGAUGAUCUAUACCCUAUGGCUGCCCCGCGUGCGCUCAGCCCUCCUCAACGAAUGGGACGUAUUCGACCCGACCCCCGCCACGUCUCUCAUCGUCGCAUGGAAGGAGAUCCUCCCGUCCUUUGUCUACGCCAACGUACUCGAUCAGCUCGUCGUGCCCAAACUUACGAGCGGCAUCAAGGAGUGGAAACCCCGAAGCAGCAGCCGACGGCAUCCGUCGUCCUCGCAGCACAGCUCCCGGUUCCCGUGGUGGCUAUUCACAUGGCUCCAGUAUCUUGGCGAACGACACACCGACCCCAAGCAGGCCACGGGUCUUCUCUCGGACGCCAAGAGGAAGUUCCGCGUCCUGCUGGACACCUGGGAUCUCAGCCGAGGCCUAGUCAGCGGGAUCGAACUAUGGCGAGACGCACUGGGCUCCGAGUUCGAUGUCUGCCUCCGCAACAACCUCCUCCCUCGCCUCGGCAGCCAUUUGCGCGAGGACUUCGACGUCAACCCGCAAGACCAGGAUCUCGCCGCGCUCGAGAACGUCCUGAAGUGGAAGGACUUCUUCAAGCCCAACGUCAUGGGCCUGCUCCUCGUCGCCGAGUUCUUCCCCAAAUGGCACAAUAUCCUCUAUAUCUGGCUCACCAACGACCCGAACUACGAAGAAGUCGGCGAAUGGUUCUCCUGGUGGCGCACGCAGAUCCCCGCCGAGAUCAACGACCUGGCCAUCGUCGACGACGAGUGGAAGAAGGGGCUCCAGUCGAUGGACUUGGCCUCUCGCCUGGGCGACCGAGCCGCCGCCGAGCUCCCACCCCCGACCACGACGCGCCACGAGCCGGAAGAAGCGAAAGAAAAGGCCGCCCCGCGCGUGCCCGCCGAACCGCCGCGCAAACCCAAGGUCGUCGAGGAGGUCGGCUUCAAGGAUAUUAUCGAGUCGUGGUGCGCCGAGGAAGGGCUUAUCAUGCUCCCGCUGCGGGAGGCACAUCCGCAGAACGGCCAGCCUCUCUUCCGUAUCACGGCCAGUGCGACGGGGAAGGGGGGUGUCGUGGCAUUCGUCCAGGGAGAUGUGGUCUGGGUGCAGAACAAGAAAGCCAAAGAUAUAUGGGAGCCGAUGGGUUUGGAAGAGAGGCUGGUGGAGAAGGCAGAAGGAAAGUAA